GCCCGAGUCAGCGUUCAGGGUCUGAUGAGUCAAAUUCAGAAGGUGGCCAGGAUCGAGAACGGUCGGAGACACACAAAGAUCAGCAGACCAUCCAUCUCACUGCGCCAGCCAUCGAGGAGACCCUGAUCGUAGUUUUGCGCCUCGGUGAUGUAGGCGCUCCAGAGCUUGUUUCCGCUGGCCCUCUCGCGCUCGAUACUCUCUUCUUCUGCCUUGCGUUUGUCGGCCUUGUAUCCACACAGCGUUUCUCCAUCCACACUGCCUCACCAUGACAAUGCCACGGCUUACAGCCACCAAGCGCCCAGCGCCAGAGUGGCGGAUUGAGACACCGACGCUCAAGGAAGCCAAAGAAAGCUCGGGCGGCACAAAGAUUGGCCGGCGGCGUAUCCUGGGGCAUAGCAGGUCAUCGGCGCUUCUGGCAGAUGGACGGAUGGCAUCAAGCCCUGAAUCCCAGUGAGCGAACGGGAGGCGUCAAAAUCCAGCCACACGCAGAGUUUCGAAACGGAGAGUAGACUCGUCUAGCCCCGUUGUACUGCUUGGUUGCAUGCGAUGCAAUGUGAUCAUCCCAGCUCUUUUC